AUGAGAUUAAAAGGAAAUAUUAAUUAAAUUUCAGAUAUGGAAGCAAUUAAAAUUUAGCACAGAAUCUAAAUCUAAGAUUUCUAUCAGUUGAAACUUGUGACGAAAAAUCCUCAUAUUACUAUUCUCAAUAUCUGCAAAUUUUUUUCAGUAUAUGAGUUGAUUACUUCGAAAAUGUUUGCAUAAUAUUUUCUGACAAAUGUAAUUUCAAUGUUCUACUAAGCAUAAAUUUAGGAAGGUGAAUGGAGAGAGAGGCCAGAAUUCAAUAACAAUCAUUGUGCAGGGUUUAUAUUAUUUAAUUUGA